AAAAAGCCUCAUUUUGCCAGUGCUCACUGCUUUAGAAAGAAAAACCUCGGUUUCUCCUCCUCUUCUCUUUCGUCUCCACAAGUUGCUGGAGUCUGAAAUUUGGAGAUCAGUGCUUUUGAAAGAGAAGCCUCUUCUUCUCUUUUCUCUGCACGAGUCGCUCGCUCGAGUUUGGAAUUUGGAGAUUUAGGUAGGAUUGUGACCAUGGCGAAGCCGAAGCAGCUCGAUUUCUCUGACGACAACUCUCCCUCCACACGAAAAUCCCCGCGGAAACGUGCCUCAAAUCCCAGUCCUGCUUCCGAGACGACGAAGAAGAAGAAGAAGAAGAAGAAGACUAAGAAAUCAGCUCCGCCUGUGAGCAACAGAAUCUGGAACGAGGAAGAUGAGCUCACUGUGUUAAAGGGAUUAGUGGAUUAUCUAGAUAAGGAAGGAGUCCAACCCAACAGUGACUGGGAUGCCUUUUAUCAUUUCCUUGGAGAUUCCAUUGCUGAAAAAUUCUCCAAGCAGCAGCUGUUGAGUAAGAUAAGGAAGCUGAAAAAGAAAUUCCUUCUUCACAUGGAAAAAACCAGUCAAGGAGACGAUAUGCUUUGUGAUUCAGAAGCCAUUCGACUUUCGAGAAUGAUAUGGGGCCAAAAUGGUUCUGAAUCAGCUAAUAAUCAGAGCAAGAGUUUUAAUCAGGAUGAGGCACUUAAGGACAAUGACCAAGUGGCUAAUGCUGAAGCUAAUGAGAAUGUGGCAGCGCUUGGUGACAAGAAUACUGAUGUGGAUGAGUCAGGUACUUUGCGAGAUGCAUUUGAGAGCAUUAUGUCUCGAUGGUUAAGUGAUCAUCAAAAGAAGGUACAACUCGAGAAUCUGAUGAACCUUGAAGCUGGAAAAAGAAAGGAGUUGAGUGAUGAAUGGAAAGAGUUAUGUGCUGAGGAAGCGAGAUUGAACAUCAAGAAGUUCAAAUAUUCCGCAAAGUUUGCCGAGGCAGCAGCAAAACGAUGAACCAAAGAAAGAUGUGCGGAGGAUGCUUUUGUAUUUAGCGUACUUGGGUGUUUGAUAGAAGCAGUAGUGUUUCUGUUGCGUUUAAGGAGAGUAGGAAUAGCUCUAUGAUCAAGUUCCUCUGUUUUUCUUGUGUGUAAUCUAACGUUAUCAUCUACAAAAUAUUAGUAUCUACAAUCUGAUGGUAUUAGUGGUUUAUGGCAUUUCUGGAAUGAGCUUAGUUUCUUC